GCUGCUAGUGUGGCUGACGCAUCCAUACAGCUCAUCCCUGUCUGUCCUUCUGUUAUGCCGAGCGAAAGCUGUCUCUCUCCGAUGAACACCUGUCAACCUGCAAUUCAACAGCGGCAAUUUCUUCGCAGGGCAGACACUCAAAUGCGUCGCUAUCUCAUUCCCUAGUAGCCAUUCUAAUUAACUGUAGACAAUCCCUAGGUCAUCGCAUUACAAAAAUCCAAACACCCGCCGCGCAUCCUCCUACAUAAACGCCGACUUGGAUAAACACGAUCGCUCCGAACACCAACAAAGUUGCAUUACAUGACCACACGCGACCCCUUCAACACGCGCAAGAAAUUUCCUCCACCGCGAUCGCCGCUCUCUCUUCUCCAGCAAUCUUCCCCCGCCGCAGCAACCUCGCACGUUUCAAGCGAUACCGCCGCGGCGGCCCUACCUCACUCCCGCAACGAUACCCCGGACAUGUCCUUCCAACUCCCCAAGAACGUGCCCAACUUUGACAACGCGCAGCGCCGCUUCGAAGAUAAUGUCUGGUCCAAGUUCUCGGGCAGCGAAAAGGGACUUCCAAUGUACAAGGACAAGCCCGCGGGUUACGGGGCACGGCGCGAGGCUGGGAGGUGGUGUGGUGGGAAGAGGAGAGUUGCGCUGGGCGCUGUGUUCGUGAUUGGGAUUUUAUAUCUGUUUGGCGUUUUUGGAGGCUCCGCGGGUUCUGUGUCGGAUACUGGGGACCACACAUGGACGAUCAUACAAGGGAAAGGAUCAUUGGGGUCGAUGGUUGGAGGGAAAGGAAAGCCCGUGGAUUGGGAGAAGCGGAGGGAAGCUGUCAAAGAUGCUUUUUUGCUCAGCUGGAAGGGGUACGAAGAGCAUGGAUGGGGUUAUGACGAGUACCACCCGGUCGCGCGGACCGGUCGCUACAUGGCCGAGCCUAAUGGUAUGGGUUGGAUCAUUGUGGAUGCUUUGGAUACUCUCAUGAUUAUGAACCUCACCAAAGAGCUGAAGCAUGCGCGGGAAUGGGUCUCGACUUCGCUCAACUACGACAAGGAUCAGGAUGUCAAUACCUUUGAAACUACGAUUCGUAUGCUCGGCGGAUUGUUGUCGGCACACUACCUGCAGGAAACGCUACCCGGGCUGAAGCCCGACAAUCCAAACGAAGAGGACUUGUUCCUCGAGAAGGCCACUGACUUGGCAGACAGGCUGUCAGGCGCUUACGAAAGCCCCAGCGGCGUUCCAUGGGCAAGUGUCAUUCUAAAAACUGGCGAAGGCAAAAGUUCGCACGCAGAUGGCGGCGCUUCCUCGACCGCCGAAGCCACCUCUCUACAGCUAGAGAUGAAGUACCUUGCUUUCUUGACUGGCGAAGCCGCCUAUUGGGAAAAGGCUGAGAAAGUCAUGCAAGUUGUCGACGACAAUGGCGCCAAAGAUGGUCUUGUCCCCAUCUUCAUCUACGCUGACAAGGGCACCUUCCGUGGUAACGAAAUCCGCCUGGGUAGUCGCGGCGACUCUUACUACGAAUACCUCAUCAAACAAUACCUCCAAACCUCCAAACAAGAACCCAUUUAUCUCACCCUUUGGGACGAAGCCCUUGCAGGCGUCAAGAAGCACCUUCUUACUUAUUCCCGCGACCAACAAUUCACUGUUCUCGCCGAGCGUCCCAAUGGCAUUGAUGGUCACUUGCACCCCAAGAUGGAUCACCUCGUCUGCUUCAUGCCCGGCACCAUCGCCCUUGCCGUGACCGAAGGCCUGCCCCUCUCCCAAGCCCGCAAACUUCCCUCUUGGUCCAAACAAAAAGAGGAAGAUCUUCUCCUUGCCCGCGAACUCACAAAAACCUGCAUAGGCAUGUAUCGCAGCACCGCGACCCGUCUCGCGCCCGAAAUCGCACACUUUGAACUCAACGAUCCCCCCAAAAUGUACCGUCAGCAAGUCCUGCACUCAAAAUCUGACAUGCCGCUCUCAGCGGACGAAAACGAGCCAGAAGAAUGGACAAAAGACUUCAUCGUCAAACCCGCAGACUCGCAUAACCUGCAACGCCCCGAAACCGUCGAAUCCCUAUUCUACCUCUACCGCAUCACCGGCGACGACAUCUACCGCGAAUGGGGCUGGGACAUGUUUUCCUCCUUCGUCACACACACGCUCGUCGAAAACGGCGGAGGCUUCACUUCCGUCAGUGAUGUCACUCGUGUUCCUCCCCCCUCUCGCGAUAACAUGGAAAGUUUCUGGCUCGCCGAGACGUUGAAGUAUUUUUACCUGCUGUUCAGCGAAAGGGAUUUUCUGCCGCUGGAGGACGUUGUGUAUAAUACUGAGGCGCAUCCUUUCCCGAGGUUUGAUGCUAAGAAGAAACGGUUCAGCACGGGGUGGGAGAGGUUGCCUAGGGAUGAGAAGGGGGAUAUUGUGAGGGGUGGGAAGGAGACGAAGAAGGAUGAGGGUGAGGGUGAAGGGAAGAGUAGUGCUGAGGCUCAAACGAGCGGAUAGAUUGCAAGUUCUGUGUAGGAAAUCUUUUGGGUGUUUGGAUAGAUGAUGGUGAUUUCUGUGUAAAGUUUCUUUUUUUCUGCUUGAUGUAACGUGCACUUCUUUUGAUGUCGCGUUGGGUGAUAUAGUUCUACGCUGUAUGU